AUGCUAAACCCAAUUCUUUCUCAAUCAUCAUUAGGGGACUCAGGUUCCCAUCAAGCACCUUCACCACCAAUCCCACCCCCCCCUGAUCCGUUGACACCAGUUGGUGCAUCGAACACAUCAACCCCGCAACAUCAUCAAUCUCAAAACAUUUCAAAAAAUCGCGCUCAAACUACAAUGAAUUUGACAAGUGAAAGUAAUUUUCAAAGAGAGCAAAAUGAUCCUGGUAAUGAGAGUGACGACCAGGACAAUUUUAGUGACAGUACUAGUUCACUGUGUUCAACAGUAAGUUCUACAAAUUCUUCAAUUAUUAGUGAAUCUUUAGGCACCAGUGGUGUUUAUCGUUCAGUUCGUUUUUCUGAUGAUCAAAUUUUACCAAAAAAUAAAAAAAUGACCUACGCCGAAGUUGUUUCAAAAAAUAUUCCAAAAUCCCAAAAAAAAAUUACUCCAUUUAAAAAUUUCCAAAAAAAUAAUAAAAUUAAUGAAAUCAAAAAAAAUAACCCUAAUGCUAUUGAAAGAGAAAGAAAAUGGGCAGAUACUUUUAAGUGUUUGUUAUCCAAAAUUAAAGCUAAUGAAGAGCUUACCAAAGAAGAAUCCAUUGAAUAUGGAAAAUUGUAUAGUAUUUUACAAUAUAAGGAAUCUUUGGACCCCUUAGCCUGGAAUCAAGAGUUAGUUAGAUUAAAAGAGGCGGAUGAUGAUUUUUUGAAAAAAUGUUAUCCCCACUUGGUGAAAUCGAUUUUGGGUAAGACGCAUUUACAGUUGAAAAUUGAGGAGACAGAUUUGACUCCAAAAGAAAUUAUUAAUGCUAUUAAAAAGUAUUGGUUUGUGGAUUUACCAGUACGUUUCAGAGAAAAAUUAUUUAACAUUGAAGACGAAAUUCAAAAAGCCACUACUUAUGUUACAUAUGCAACAACUCAACUCCAACCAGACGAUUAUCAGUUUCCAGAUAGAGCAAGUCAACUUACGAAUGAGGAUAUUCGUAAGGAUAUUUUAAAACAGAAUAAACACAUACAAACUCUUGAGGUAACUAAGAAGGAAUUAGUCAUGUAUUUGGCAGCAGUGGAAAGCCAUAUGUUUGGAAUUGCCCUUAUGGAUGCUAAUACUUUAUUAGUUAAUUUCUCUAAUUUGGUAACAGAAGAAUAUGAAAAGGUCUCUGCGCUACCAAUUGAAGAAUUUUUGAAGCAAUUUAUGUUUACCAUCAAUGAUAUUCCAGUAAAGAAUAAUAAAAUUUUGAAGUUACAAUUGAUCAACAAUGAAGCACGUAAUUAUUUUAUAGCAGAGUAUACGUUCCCACGUAAUAAUUUAAAUCCCCUUCAAGAAUUAGAUGAAUUUUUCGAAAUUAAUCAUAGGAAUAAAACAAAUUCCUUUAAGAAUUCUAUUCGCUUAAGUGCAAAAAAGGUAAGAAAGGAGACUGGAGAAAUUGAUUACCUUAAUUACAUUAAACAAGCAUUAGAUGAUCAUCCUCUGCUUCCAACUACUUCAAAUUUUAAAGUGCUUGAAACAAGUGAGUUAGCUGAGCCUCAAUUGGACUAUGCAAUUCCCAAUACUGAAAGCACAAAGAUCUUUGUUUUGAUUGAAACCGAAAGUAAUGUGGUACCUGUGGGGAGAAGACAUUAUUUUAGAAAUUCCAACGUCAAAAUUGCCUCGUACUUUAAGUACUGUAAUUAUUGUCAUCUUGCGGGGCAUACAAAAUUUGAGUGUCCGGACAUCUCAAAAACAUAUCAAGAAAGUUCAUCGACUAAUACAACAACUACUCCAAAGCCCAAGAAGCCUACUGAAUGGCAAUUGCCUACGAAGACUCUCAAAUCAAUUUUAAAACCAACUCCAACUCAUACAACCACGAAUCAAUUCAAUGUAUUGGAAUCAACUACUGAUGAGGAUAAUGAUGACAUGGUUAUUGAACCAACAUCUACUCAGAAUACUAGGUCAGUUACAGUUCAACAAACUAAAAAGGUUAGAAAUGCGCUUCACAGAAAGCAAUUACAUCUCUUGAGGAGAAGUAAAACUUCCAAGAAUCCUAUCCCUGCAUCCUUAUCUCAAUCUGCUUCUUUUAAUGUUGCUACUUUACCAGUCUCUUCCAAACAUACUACCACUAAUAGUACUACUGAACACUCUGAUUCAACACGCUUGAUAUCUUCAACUAUAGUACCUUCCAGGACACAAUCCUUAACUGAAUCAACCACAGGUCGUUUACCAAGCCUUUCACAGGCCAUUAGAUCAUUGUCAACUCCUUCUAUGUCUACGGAUGCAACACAUGCAUCUGCAAGGAAGGAAAAAACUACGGGUAUCAAUGAACCACAGGAGGGUCAGACGUUAGAAAAUCAACAGAAGCAGCUGGGGCUUCUGAAAGAUGAUGAGGGGACGUUAGGUGCCUCGGAGGAUACCAUAGAUGUGGAUGUACAGGCUAUUGAAGAUAAUAUAGAGUUGGAUCCGAUGGAAGAAGUUAGACCACCGAGUGUAGGUGAAACUACAAAGAAGAAUCUUAAGAUUAUACAACAAAUGAAAUCAAUUAGGGUGGUUUACCAGUCGGUACAGGCUCGGGCAGCUAUUGCUUUCCGAAUUCCUGAGUCUGGGGCAUUUCAAAUUAUUGAGGAAUUACAAAUUACUAAACAACUUAUACCUCCAUUUUGUUUUAGAGUCUCUGAUGCGUUAAUAUGGUUUCCACGGGAAAAACAAUACCUUCUUAUUAUAUCAGUUUAUGCCCCAGCAGGUGAUUUCCAGGGACAGAAGGAAUUAUUUGAAGAAUUACGAUUUGUCAUAGAGGAAUAUAAAUGUAUACAUAGUGACAAAAGGCUUAAGAUGGUUAUGGGAGGAGAUUUUAAUAAUGUAUUUGAUACGAAAAUUGAUAGUGAAUUACAGACUCCGUUAUCUAAUCCAGAAUUAGAAGCAACUCGAGAAUUAUUGUAUAUUAUUAAAGGAAAUAAACUUGUGGAUACUUUUCGUCAUUUAGCUCCAAGGAGGCAACAUUUUACAAAUCAUCAUAACGCUAACAGUCGACGGUUAGAUCGUAUAUAUAUUAGUGGAAAUAUGAAAUCUUCAUUUUAUCAAUAUCAACAGCAUAAACAGGACAAUGUAUUGAGUACGCAUGAUACAGUUAGUGUUUUUAUGGUAUUAUCCAAUCAUCCAAAGCUUAUUGUGGGGAAAAAGCGUUUUGUUAUUAAGGAUAGAUUACUUGAGAAUGAAUCAUUUGUGGAGGGCCUUGUACUGCUUCCUGCAGAUAAUUUAGAAGAAUUUAUAGAUAAUAUUCCAACAGCUUUUCGCUUAAGGCGUAGGUGUAACAAUCAAGUUCUGAAGUCCUUACAAUCCACCAUUUUUGAGGAUUUAAAUGAAAGAUUUAAAGGCAGGACUCAUUCAUUUCCAAUUAUUGAAAAAUUACAUACACGUGAUAAUGUGGGGAUGGUCGAUGAUACGGAGGGUAUUUUACGUGUGGCUCAAGAAUAUUAUGAAAACUUGUAUAAGAAUCAACAAUUGCUGAAUAAUGUAGAAUUAAUUGAUCAAUAUUUAGAAGGAUUUCCGAAGUGUCUCACUUUAGAAAAAUCAGAUGAAUUAGAAAAAGAUAUUACGCUUGAUGAAUUGAAACUGGUGUUAACAAGAUGCUCAAACCAAUCAGCACCUGGAGAUGAUGGUGCCGGAUAUAGAUUAUAUAAAAUGCUAUGGGAACAGGUGGGUCCACUCUUGUUGUCAUGUGCCAAUGAAAUUAUGAAUACUGGGAUUUUACCGCCAUAUUUUGCAAAGGUGAUUAUAUCUAUUAUUCCAAAACCAGAUAA